AUGGAUGAUGCUGCGGUGCUUGAAAGGAAAGGUUACAGCCUGAGUGCCACGUUGGGAGAGGGCUCGUACGGCAAGGUGAAGUCAGCCUACUGCAACAAGUUGAAAUGCAACGUGGCCGUAAAGAUAAUCGACAAGAGGAAAACUCCCCAGGACUUCCUGGAGAGAUUUCUGCCCAGGGAAAUAGCUGCUCUGAAACGCCUGCACCACCCAUCGAUCAUCAAAACCUAUGAGAUCUUUGAGACAUCAAGUGGGAAAGUGUACAUCAUCAUGGAGCUGGGGGUGAAGGGAGACCUCCUGGACUACAUCAAGAUCACGGGAGCCAUGAAGGAGGACUUUGCUCGUUUAAAGUUCCAGCAGCUGGCUUCUGCCAUCAAGCACUGCCAUGACUCAGACCUUGCUCACAGGGACCUGAAAUGUGAGAACAUCCUUCUCGACAAAGACCUAAAUGUCAAGUUGUCAGACUUCGGCUUUUCCAAACCCUUGUCUCGGGAUGAAAAUGGGAGAACUAUUCUCAGUAAAACCUUCUGCGGGUCUGCUGCAUACGCAGCCCCUGAAGUGCUGCAGGGCAUUCCUUGCGACCCCAAGAUUUCUGACAUAUGGAGCCUGGGCGUCAUCCUCUAUACAAUGGUCUACGCAUUAAUGCCCUUUGAUGAUUCCAAUGUUAGAAAAAUGAUCUAUAUUCAGAAACAACACAGGAUUCCCUUCCCCAAGUCAAAAUACCUGACUACAGAGUGCAAGGACCUUAUUUACCACUUGCUCCAGCCCGAUGUAUCUCAGAGGCUGUGUAUAGAUGAAGUUCUGAAACACUCAUGGUUGCAGACUCCAAAAUCCCACAUCCCAACCCCUCUGUCAGCUGCAGAAACUGGUGAGUGUUCCCAAAACCUGCAUGACAAAAAGCCUGAGCACAAACAGGAAGCCAAAACCCACCCUGCAGAACAGGAAGGACAGAAGGAAAACGGGUCCUCUUAA